ACGUCAUUCUCCUCCCCCACACCGCAGGCUCAGCACAGCUCUUCUGCCGGUGCGAGAUUGGUCGAAGAGUGUGGGUGCCAUUUGGCGUAGAUUUAAGCUACAACCGUUAACAAAGGGCGACCAUUUAUUUAUUUAUCGUCGUAUUUGUGAAUUUUAUUUCGUAAUUUUGCCGUCACGCGUUCACAAUGAGCUCCAUUAACGUUAAAAAGCUGAAAGUUAACGAGCUGAAGGACGAGCUGAAAAAGCGUAAUCUUUCGGACAAGGGGCUGAAGGCCGAGCUGAUGGACCGCCUGCAGGCCGCGCUGGACGAGGAGGCCUUUGCCUCUCCGGUGGACCGGGAAGCUGCGGCGGAAGAGGGUUUCGACCAGGCCGUCGAUCAGGAGGGAAUGGGGGAGGAAGAAGAAGGCGAUGGCCCGAUAGAAGAAAGCAUGGAGGCCAACGAGAACGAGGACGAGGAAGAAGAGCCUGAAAAUGGGGGCGACGGUGAUGGCGUUGCCGAGGACGAAGAAAUGGGUGAGGGUGAAGAGGACGAGGACGAGAUGGAUCCAAUGCUCAAGGGAGAUGUGGACGACAUGGAAAAAAUCGACACCGAGGAUGGUGAGCCCGUGGACCAGGCUGCUGAGGGGGAUGCGGACAAAGACACGAAUGCUGAUCAGAAGAAUAAGAAGGGUGUUAAGAGACGCCGGGAGGAACAUGGAAGGGGCUACUUUGAAUUUAUUGAAGAAAACAAAUACAGCUGGGCCUCAUUUAAGUCUCCUGUGCCACCCCUGGAGGAAGAAGAUGAGGAACUUGAUGACACAAAAGUGUGCCUGGAUGCCUACAACUGCGACCUGCACUUUAAGGUAUCUCGGGACCGUUACAGUGCCUCAUCUCUCACAAUGGAGAGUUUUGCUUACCUGUGGUCCGGAGGCAGGGCCACAUACGGUGUGAACAAAGGCAAAGCCUGCUUUGAGAUGAAGAUAACAGAGAAAAUUCCAGUGAAGCAUAUUAACGGCAAGAACAUGGACAUUCAUGACGUGCAGGUUGGCUGGUCCCUGGCUGCUGGCACCCUGCUCCUUGGUGAGGAGGAACAUUCUUACGCAUACUCUGGAAAAGGCAAGAAGACCACCAACUGUGUGACAGAGGACUUUGGAGAAACCUAUGAGGAGAAUGAUGUUAUCUGCUGCCUUAUUGACUUUGAGAGUGAGGACGUGGUGUUGUCCUUCUCUAAGAAUGGUGGCGAGCCGGCUGUCGCCUUCCAGGUCAGCAAGGACAGCUUGAAUGGCCAGGCCCUUUUUCCACACAUCAUCUGCCACAAUUGCGCUGUGGAGUUUAACUUUGGCCAGAUGGAGACUCCUUACUUCCCUCAGCCCCAGGACUACACCUUCCUGCAGCAGAUCCCUGUAGAUGAGCGAGUCCGUGGGCUCAAGGGGCCUCAGACCAAGGCCGAUUGCGAGAUCAUAGUGAUGGUUGGCCUGCCAGGUUCCGGGAAAACGACAUGGGUGAAGAACCAUGUCCAGGAGAACCCUGGGAAGUACUACAUCCUUAGCAGUGACACCAUUGUGGACAAAAUGAUGAUAAACAGCCUGAAACGUCAGUCAAAGGACAUUACAAAAUUGAGCGCCAUUUCUCAACGAGCACCACUUUUCUUGGGAAAGUUCAUUGAGAUUGCUGCCCGCAAGAAGAGGAACUACAUCCUGGAUCAUACUAACCUGUCUGCCCCAGGCCAGAAGAGGAAGAUGUGCUUGUUUGCAGGCUUCCAGCGCAAAGCCGUUGUUGUCUGCCCCUCUGACGAAGACUACAAGCAGAGAGUUCAGCAGAAGGUAGAGACUGAUGGCAAAGAAGUGCCUGAGCAUGCCAUCCUCAAAAUGAAAGGCUUCUACUCUCUGCCUGAGGAGGGAGAGAGCUUCGAUGAGGUCAUCUGUGCCGAGCUGCAGAAGGAAGAGGCUGCCAAGCUCCUCGAACAGUACAAAGAAGAAAGCAAGACCGCUCUGCCGGCGGAGAAGAAACCCAACCAGGGAAGCACAACACCAAAAAGAGGUGGUGGCCUGCGUGGUGGUGGCCGGGGAGGCAAGAACCAGUUUGGCCGUGUUGGUGGACCUGGACAACGAGGCGGCGGCCGUGGAGGCUUCCAGAACAGAGGCAACUUCAGAGGAGCUCCAGGCCCUCGCGGCGGCUUCAGCCGUCCACCUCGCGGCUUCCCUCCUCCCCCAGCCUUCAGAGGAGGCUUCCAUAACCGUGGAAACUUCAACAGGGGCGGCGGCCCCAUUCCCAGCUUGAGUGGAUCCCCCAGGGGUGGCCCAAUGAGGGGUAACAUGGGACCCAGAGGGGGGCCUAUGAACAGAGGUGGCCCAAUGCACAGAGGGAACAUGAACAGAGGAGGUGGAGGCAACAUGCAUCGUGGGGGAAACAGGGGACAUCCUGGCCAGUUCCAUCAGAGAGGCGGUAACCGUGGCAACUUUGGCAACAAGAAUGGCAACUUUGGUAACAACAGGAACAGUAGCAACUUUGGUGGCAACAGGAAUGGCAUGGACAAGGCCCAGGCCUUCAACCAGAGCUGGCAUCAAGGGUUCUGGAACCAUAAGCUGUGGAACCAGCAUUACCAGCCUGGAUAUUACUAAGACACUUGUUCUAAUGGACUGGUGGCCAACACUGAGACCCACCACUAGCCACGGAACAUCACUCCACCCCGUGUUUUGAUUUUUCUUUUCUUAGAACCCACUUUUAAGAAUCUAAAUCCCACCGGUUGAAGAGUAAAACCACAUGGAGCAGCAACAUUCCACAUCAGAGAGGAGACCAGGCGCCCUGAGUGUAACUGAAGCUUUAUAUGUCUGUGUACACAUGUAUGUGGGUUCAGUCUCAUUCAACCAUCUGCUAAUUUCUUUUGUUGUAUAUUUCAUUCUUUUUUUUUUCUUUUUUUACCACUUUUAGAUGACGUGCUUUUAAAGAAAAUCAUGUUUGUAAUAUCAGGAACCAGAAACAUUUUGCCAGCCUGGCAGAUGUUAAAGUUUUUUUUUUCCUUUUCUUCAGGGUUAAGCAUUUUAUCUGUGCUGUGAUUUGUUUUGCUUUUUUUUUUAUUAUUAUUACAAAUUGUAAAUAUUUUUUGCGUAGUUUGUAAGGGAAGUUUAAGGAACAUUAAUGGAGAGGAACCUUGGCUUAUUACAUAGGUGAUUAUAUUGUUAGACUGUACAUGUCAAUAUAGUUCACUGUCGAACAGUUAAAGUGAAGCAACAAAUGAAUUACAGCAAGUUUUUGUCUCUGUUCCCAGUAUUAAACCUGUAACCUAAACUACAUAGACCUACAAUAAACAACUGGCUGACUUUUUUACAUUC